GUGUACACGUGCGUUUGUAUAUAUUCAAAAUGGGUUAUCUUAAUAUCUAUUAUGGAACGUACUGGCUGAGUGAUAAGCGCUUGACUACCAAACCAAGAGUUUCCGGGUUCAAAUCUCGCUGCGAUUGGAAUUCUGAAUUUAAUUGGUACCUGACUUUAGUUUGGAAACGUAAAGGCGCAUGAUCGUUGUGCUGGCCACAUGACACCCUCGUUAACCGUCGGCCGUAGAAACAGAUGCUCUUUGCAUUUUCUGACCUAUUGAUUUUAAGGUCUGAAAAAAAUUCUUUACUUUUUAAUAUCCCAUUAGUUGAAGAUGCCCUUUUUGUCGGUACUCCGCCCCUCUCCAAAUGUGCUCAUUGGCACAGUGCUUAAGACCCUUAAUUGGAUUGACAUAAAAAUUAAUAUCUCCUUUGCCUCAGAGGCUAUAAGUCUCUUCAUUGACUAAAUAAAGUUGAACGUGACAGAAGUGUCAAUGUUUAAAACAGUUUUAGUUCACCGAGUCAUCCACUCCCCAGGCUCAAACAUUCAGCAAAAAGCAGCAACGUUAACUUGUGGAGCGAAAUAGUUUCAAAUGCGCACCAAAUUUUGUAUCAGAAUUUCAAAAGUCCAGAACUGUGCAAAAAAAAAAUUAUGAUUGAUAGUGUAAUGUAUCUUAUCUUAUCAUACAGCUAGAUCUAGCUGUAACAAGCUAAUUUUUUAGCAUUGAUGUUUUUUAAAUAAUUUUAUUGUAUGUCUAUUCUCUAGUCACGAUCUUAAUUAUUUGUAUGAAUCUAGAUCUACGCAGAUUUAUAGGUGGUAUAAACUUUAAACAUAGAGAUCCAUUAUAUAAUAAUAUAAAGUCAUUUUUAGAUUUACCAGAUUCCACACUUUGAAAUGUGCAUUAUUUUUGGCUGAGCCACUCAGGGGCAAAGUAUAUUACCGUAGCCUAUGGCGUUGGAGGAGCCCAUUCAUAUUGACGAUUUUGAAGACAGCUUCUUGCACAGUGGUUCCAGCAUCUACGAUGACAUGCUUGAAGAGGACGACAUUGAUAUGGAACUGCACGAAGCACAGAAGAAGAAAGCUAAAUCCAUAUCUAGAAUGCACCAACACACGGAAAGGAAAAAAUCCUUGGAUGAGUCCGAUGGGAAGCUAGAGCCCCCAAGUCCCUGCAAGACCUGCACGCGUGCCUGCAAGACUUUCUGCCUGAGCACCAUAACGAAUCUUCUGCUGCUGUUUCUGGUCUCAGCUUACGUCAUUUUUGGCGGGGUCUUGUUCUUCUCACUGGAGUCUAGACUAGUGCGAGUACAUCAGGACUAUCUGGACAUUGAAAGGGAAGAGUACGUCGAAAGGCUUCUAGACGUGACCACUAGCAUUCCAUAUGUCAACAUGACCUCAAAAUCCAAGUGGUCGAGAGACGCCAACAAGAUACUGGAAGAAUUUCAGACGUUUGUUGUGAAGGAAGAGGCGCUACGUCUCAAGUCUCACACUGAGGAAUGGAACUUGAUGUCGUCCAUCAUCUACAGUGUUGCUUUAAUUACUACCAUCGGUUAUGGUAAUCUGGCUCCGCUUACAGACGAAGGCCGCGUGGUGACGAUCUGGUAUUCGCUUAUUGGCAUCCCUCUUACGCUCCUGUAUCUUACUCGUAUGGGCGCCAUCAUGGCCAAGGUGUUCAAAUUAACAUACAACAAAAUAUGUGCUUUCAGUUGCAGAAAGAUUAGGCCCGCCAAAGAUUACAGUGACACGUCCAAGCGAGUGCCGGUCUUUGUCACGCUUAUCGUGUUAAUAGCUUAUGUGGCGGCUGGCGCGGUCUUGUUCCAAGUGCUGGAGAAGCGGUGGGACUUCAUCAACAGCGCCUACUUCUGCUUUGUCACCCUCAGCACCAUCGGGCAUGGGGACUUCGUCUUCGGAUUCAACGAGAUCAGCCUCGACCCUUGGAAGCAGCUGGUCUGCGCCGUCUAUCUCGUCCUUGGGCUUUCCUUGGUGUCGAUGGCUUUCAACCUGCUUCACGAGAGUAUUUGGGCCAAGUACAAGAUGAUUACUAGAGGUAUAGAAGCCCACAGAGAGGGUGAUGUGUCGGAUUCUGAGUGGUCAUCGUCUUCUCUAUAACAUUUAGUGAACACUUUGAAGGAAUGUUCUUUUGUCUCUACUGUGAAUAAAAUGAGUACACCUAAGGCUUGGGGAAGAGUCACAGUAACGAAUCGUUCAAUCUUCAGCCUAAUAAAAAAAAUAAUGGUGUCCAUGUCUUCGAUUUACAGGCUUAAAGCCGAUUUACCGAAUCUUUACAAGUUACGAUGUAAAAGAUGUAUUGUAAAAUGACGCCAUACUUUGUGUCUAACUUGUACUUAUCCAUUCGUUGUAUAAGCUUGUAGUUUUAAACUAGAUAGAGAACUUGUAUUUUGUGCCAGUCAAUACUUCUAAUGAUCUCACAUCAAGUUCGUUGAGAAUGUCGAGAUGUUUAAAUAAGAAAAUCCAUAAUGCUUGAGGGGAACGUUAGCUUGUACGGGCACGACAUGGCCUAAAUUGUUCCAAUGUGCCUAAACUAAAAACUCAAACUCAAACUGUACUUGAAAUUCAGGGCCGGUCCUACAGGUUGCGGGGCCCUAUGCGAAACGGAUUGCGCGGGGCCUAAUUUGGGUUGUGAUAAGAAUAAUAAGUGAAAAUUAAGAUUUUGUAUUACAAAAUAAAUUCGUCUUUGCAUUUUGUUUAUACUUUACUAAGUACAAAAUCACUGUCAAAUUAACUUUACGAACCAUCAACAAUAGAAGGUAGAUUUCCAACAAAAAGCCGCUAAACAUUCCGAACUGCCUUUUAGAUUUACUAUCGACUAGCAAAAUAUCACUUUUUUUUUUUGAAGAGGUCAAGAUAGAUUUAGAUCAAUAUUUGUAUGCCAGUGACUAUAGAACUAAAUUAAAUAUUUGAACUUCUUGUUUUGGUUAAAAUUAGGCUUAUUAUUACAUUUUUAUGAAAUGAAAGCUGACAAUGCCUUUUUUUUUUUAAUCAUGAGUAGGAUUGGCAUUUUCAAUAUUGAAUGACAGCAAGAAAUGACAGUUUUGUCUGAUUUAAGGAGAUUUGGAUCAGUUUUCAGAAUAUUUUAAUAAUUUCAUGACUUUUCUAAUAUUUUAUAAUUUCAACAGCAUAAAUAAGUGGUUUAAUUUAAUAAUUUACACCUAGAAUUCGCACCGCGCGGAGCCUAUGAAAGUGCGGGGCCAACUGCGGCCGCAUAGGUUGCAGUGGCCUAAGACCGGCCCUGCUUGAAAUGUGUCGGACCUAGCCAGAGUCGACUAAUCACGGAAUCAGACCAACUCAAAAUCAUUAUGGCUGCCUCGUCGUGCGGAUGGUCUCGAUGUCCAUGGUUCAAAACCUGCUGGCCACUUCCCCCACCCGUCAUGUGGAGUUUUGGGCUAGGGUGUAAUUAUCUGAAGGAUCAUUCCAAAUAUGUAAGACAAAUUGAAAAUAAACAAAAAAUUGUCGUCUAACCGAUGUUGGAUAUAGACCU